AUGAGUGAUAUUUAUCGUGUUCUUAGUGUUAUUUGUGCUUGUUUGGUGUUUCAUCUUGUUCACUGUCGAAAUGUGACAUACGUAGGCCGGUUGACACCAGACUGCGUGUCCAGCUACCAUAGGAUCAUACUCUCAAGACGAGUGCCUCCUCGAACCUACCUGUACUUCCACGAGGCCAUGACACAGGACCAGAUGAACAGAGAUGGAGAAGAACCGAAAGAAGAGGAUACGGUUGGACAAGUUGAUCUCCAAUGGAGGAUAGUGGGAGGCAAACAGGUCUCCAUAAAACUGGUUCCCUAUCAAGUUCUCUACGGCAUGUACUGCGGAGGCACUCUCAUCGCUCCGGACUGGGUCAUCACUGCUGCGCAUUGUAAGGACAAAGAAAAAUUCAUCUUAGCUGGAUCUACACAGCGGAGUCAGGCCACCAAGUAUAUGAUCUGUGCCCACUUCAUGCAUCCCCUAUGGAACACUACGCACCUUCACACCCACGAUUAUGAUUACCAGCUGGUCCUGCUGGAGCAGUCAGUACCAGUGACUCCCAACUCCCGGCCCAUAGCUAUAGGGAACGUGGAUGAUGUUAGAGAAGGAGAGAUGAUCACAGUCAGUGGUUGGGGACAUACUAAGUACAAGCAACGUGUGAUGCAAGACAUAGUGCGUCGAGUCCGUGUGCCGGUGAUGGCGCAUGAGGUCUGCCGGUCUCUCCCCCUCAUGAACUACAAAACCAUCACUCCGAGGAUGUUCUGCGGUGGAUACCUGAAUGGAAGCAAGGAUUCUUGUCAGGGUGACUCCGGAGGUCCAGCGAUUCUCCACGGCAAACUAGUAGGGCUGGUGUCCUUCGGAGUAGGAUGUGCGAUGAAGGACCAGCCAGGAGUGUACAGCAACAUACCACUGGUGCGCAACUGGAUACGGCAGGUCACUGGCCUGCCACUCUGA